AUGGAAUGUGGUGCAGAUCAAUCACCUUGGAACACCUCUGUUAGACAUGACUUCUACCCUAUCAAUCAAACCAUCGAACGACCUACCGAACUUUCAAGGCUCCAUUGCGAAAGAGACGUCUUGGAGAAUGGCCUUGCCAAUUGUGUUACUUAUCUGCAAGCGUUACGCAAGAAGCAUGCUCAAAUCGACCGGCGUUUGAUAACAAAUUCCUCGCUUCCACGGAAGAAGAAAAAGAAGAUACAGCAAGUCAAGCGUGAGCUGGAGAAAGAGAUCAAGAACCGUGAGCGGGACGAGCAGGCAUUCCUCAUCAAUUUGCAGGCUUGCAAAACGAACAUCCACAUUACCGAAACGUACGCCUCACCAUCGGCAGUCGUUCCGUCGACUAUACCCGACUACGCUUCAAGUUCAACAGUAUACUCGCACCCCGAAGAGGCUGAGCCUACAGAGCUGAGCUGGAAUGGCUGGACAGAGGACACGCUCUUCUCUCCGUUUCAGAAGCAAAGUAACAACCCAUUUUACGCCGACGAUAUUGCGCCAGAUGAGCGUUCAGAGAUGGAUAUGACUGGGCAAGUGGACGUGUCUGUACAUACCCCUAUCAGUGGCGAGCACACUGGAACCUUUCUCACAUUUCCCAACGCCAAGAUGCAAAACCCGCUGAGCCCCGAGGCUGCAGUCUUUGCGCCUCAAGCUAUUUCUACACAACAGGGAGAUUUGAUCAGCCAACAACUGUCUGAGCUCCAUCUUCGCUCUUCGUUGGCGAUUACAGUGUUGAAGAUGAGGGAGCUGGAGCUCAUCGAAGGACGACGUGCUACCGAUGCUGGUAUCGCUCGAUCACGGCGUCCAAGCUCCCUUGCAAAGAUCAUCGAAGAAACGGGGAGCCAGACAUGGGCCAACACUACACCACAAUAUAGUCCAGUCAAAUCGAAAAUGGGCGGACGGCUCAGGAGGAGUAAGACAAAAUCUGUAUGA